AUGCCUGUACCACGUAGAGCCUUGAUCGCCGUCUCCUCAGCCCAUGCGCCUCUCUACCCGGACGGUAAAGAAACUGGCCUCUUCAUUACCGAAGCUCUGCACCCGUUCAAGGUCUUCAAAAAGGCGGGCUUUGAAGUCGCCCUGGUCUCCGAGACCGGUCAUUACCAGCCCGAUUGGCUGUCGCUACAGAAAGAAUGGCUUCCGGAGGAGGAUCGAGCCAUUUGGGAGGACCAUGCGAGUGAAUUCCGCUCAAAGCUCGACGAUCUGCUGAGCCCGAGUAAAGUGGAUGCGAAUAACUAUGGCCUGUUCUUUGCUUCUGCCGGUCAUGCCUCCUUGAUUGAUUACCCAGACGCAAGGGGCCUGCAACAGAUCGCUACUCAGAUCUACAAGGACGGCGGUAUCGUCAGCUCAGUCUGCCAUGGCGGAGCGAUCUUCCCUGGCAUCAUCGACACUACCACCGGCAAGCCUAUCAUCGCAGGUCGCCGAGUCACCGGCUUUACCACCAAGGGUGAGGAAGAAGAAGGUGUCCUAGACACCAUCAAGAGCUGGAAUCGCCCCACUAUUGAAAAGUCCGCUGCCGAUUGUGGAGCGACAUAUGUCUCUCCUCCUGGACCAUGGGAUGCCUUCACCAUCACAGACGGACGCAUUGUGACUGGUGCCAACCCAGCCAGUGCAACGGUCACGGCUGAGGCUGCCGUGGCUGCUUUUGACAAGUUGUAA